AUCCCCGCUGCGUUUUGGGGCAGAAAAGGAGAAGUUUCCCCGGUUUUCUUUCGAAGAAAAACCCGUUUCCACCGGAAGACAUUCCCGCCAUGGCAGAGGAGAGGCGUCUGUAGGACGGACCCCAAACUCUGGACGGGAUCCCGGCAGACUGCAGCCAUCAUGAGGUGACCUCUGACCUCUGCGUCUUCUGCUGAUCUGGACAAAUGGCACGGAUCACGCUGUCCUGCCUGCCGGCCUCCUGGUACUGCAGCGUGUCCCUGCUGUCCGUGGGCUGCGCUCCCAGGCAGAGGCUGCUCCUGCUGCUGCUCCUCAUCACCUCCGCUCUGCUCCUCCUGGCCACCCAUCAGAGGCAGCUGUGGGGCUCCCAGCCGCGGCCCAGAGGCAACAAAUAUCUGUCCAUCGCGGAGUCCAUGGAGGCCACCAACGUCCUGAACCCCGCUCUGAAUUAUGGGAUCGUGGUGGACUGCGGCAGCAGCGGCUCCCGAGUUUUCGUGUACUACUGGCCCCCCCACAACGGGAACCCCCACACGCUGCUGGACAUCCGGCAGAUGAGGGGUCGUGACUACAAGCCCGUGGUCAAGAAGAUCAAACCCGGAAUCUCCACGCUGGCCACCCGGCCGACGCAGGCGAGCGUCUACCUGCAGCCUCUGCUGAGCUUCGCGGCGGCCCACGUCCCGCAGAGCAAACACAAGGAGACGCCGCUCUACAUCCUCUGCACCGCCGGCAUGCGGCUGCUGCCCGACAGUCAGCAGGCGGCCAUCUUGGACGACCUGGUCGCCGACGUUCCCCUGGAGUUUGACUUCCUGUUCUCCCGUUCGCACGCCGAGGUCAUCUCUGGGAAACAGGAAGGCGUGUACGCGUGGAUCGGCAUCAACUUCGUCCUGGGCCGCUUCGAUCACGCCGAUGAAGAGGACGCCACGGUGGAGGUGACCACCGGCUCUCAGAGCCAGCCCCCCAUCAGCCGGCGCCGCACUGUGGGCAUCAUGGAUAUGGGUGGAGCCUCCCUGCAGAUCGCUUAUGAAGUGCCCAACGCCAUCACCUUCAACUCGCCUCAAGAGGAGGAAGCGGCGAAGAGCGUCCUGGCGGAGUUCAACCUUGGGUGCGACGUGGAGCACACGCAGCACGUGUACAGAGUCUACGUCACCACCUUCCUGGGCUUCGGAGGAAACAUGGCACGGCAGCGCUACGAAGACCAGAUCGCCAACAGCACCUUCACCAAGAACAGGUUUCUGACGGCGCAGACGGGUCUGAGCGAGGACAAACCUUACCUGGACCCCUGCCUGCCGCUCGGCAUGCCUGACACGGUCCUUCGGGACAACCGCACCCUGCACCUGCGAGGUCAGGGGGACUGGACCCGGUGUCAGGAGGCGGUGAGGCCCUUCCUGGGCCUCCACAACGGCACCAUGUCUCCACAGGGCGUUUACCAGGCUCCCAUCAACUUCAGCAACAGCGAGUUCUACGGGUUUUCAGAGUUCUUCUACUGCAUGGAGGACGUGCUGCGGAUCGGAGGGCAGUACGACAGCGAGAGAUACUCACAGGCUGCUAAGGAUUACUGCGCCACCAAGUGGUCCACGCUGCAGCAGCGCCUGGACAACCAGCUCUUCUCCCAGCAAGCGGACAUCAGCAGACUCAGGUAUCAGUGCUUCAAGUCGGCCUGGAUGUUUGAGGUUCUGCACUCGGGUUUCCGUUUCCCACCCGACUACCGGAGUCUGAAGACAGCCCAGCUGGUCUACGACAAGGAGGUCCAGUGGACUCUGGGCGCCAUCCUGUUCAAAACGCGCUUCCUGCCUCUCAGGGACCUGCAGCAGGAAACGCUGCGGCAGAACCACCCCGGCUGGCUCCGCCCCUCCUUCGUCUACAAUCACCACUUGUUCUCGCUCUGCAUCCUGGUGGUGGUGCUCGCCAUCCUGCUGUACAUCCUGCGCCUGCGGAGGAUCCAUCAGCGGGAGCUGCGGCAGGCCGAGGUCCUGGACCUUCUCUGGGUCGAGGAGGGAGAGGCUCUGCUCCCCUGAGGACACCCGGACCGUCCGUCCACCCGAGGGAGGAGGAGCGACUGACGCUCCCAUGACCUCCACUCCAAGUUCUUCAGGGAUGCAGCUUUAAAAUCAGAACUUUUUUUUUUUUAAUCAAACCUCAGGGUGAAAGGGAUCAAACCUCAGACUCCACGAGUCCCUCAAAGCUGGUCACCUCCGUGCUCCUACUCUUCCUCCAGAACCUGCACCUUCCUGACAGAAGCUCUCCUUCAUGCUUGCUGGUUCUCCAGAGGAGAAACGGGAGUGAACAUGAUGAUGAUGAUGAGGGAAACCUGUGAAUGUAGAACUUCUUCACUAAAACCAUCAGACCACGUCUGAUCUCUGUGGAUGAAGGAGCGAGGAGCAUCUGCUGAACUCCAUCAGGAGGUGCCCUUCACCUUCUGCUCCCACGUUCAGCUCCGGAUCAGAGUCAUCUUCGUCGUGGCUUCUCUUCACGCUCUGAUGUUUCCAGGAAGUCUGUGGACUGAAAGCAGAUGAAGAACCCGGAGAUGCAUUCCUGCAGCAGGAGGAAGACUCUGAAGAAGACGAGAGCUUCCAGGAGAAGAUCUCCAACUUUUGAGUCUUAAGUUCCAGACGCAGCAGAGUCUGAAGAACAGGAACGUUCCAGGAGACUUUUCCUUAGCGGGAUUCAAACCCAUCCCUCUGCUGGAUCCACCAGGAGAUCCCAACCGGAGAACCGGAUUCAGUUUUCAUUCCUGUGAAUCUGAAGAAUGAAAUGUCAACCUGAAAGAGAAACGUGUGACGCUGAUUGGAUUCCUCUGUGUGUGUGUGUGUGUCUGUCUCUGUGUGUGUCUGUCUCUGUGUGGUUCCUCAGAGUUGGGCGUUGUGCAAUCCUAAACUGUAAUUGACUGAACAUUUGAUUUUUAUGUUUUUAAUGGAUGAAUCAGUCAUUUCUAAACAAACUGAAAUCAUUUUAAUAAAAUGUUUGUUCCGACUUUAAACUGGA